AUGCCUACCAAUAUCGAGGUUGAAUCGUUAAAAGCCAAAUAUGCUGCCGCUGGGCAAGGACAUCUUUUUACCUUUUAUGAUGAACUUGAUCCAGAAGAGCAAAAUUCGUUAUUUGACCAAUUAUCAAAACUUGAUGUUGAACGCGUCAACCGUAUUUUUAGAAAAGCCGUUUCAGGCACCGAAACGGUCUCCUCAUCGCAACAAGCUAGUCUUGAACCUUUACCAGAGGAAGUAUUUGACUCGGUUUUGAGUGCGGACGAAGUGAAAAUAAAAGAUUGGGAGUCGUUAGGCUUACAAUUGAUUGCUGAAAAUAAAGUAGCCGUCAUAUUAAUGGCUGGCGGUCAGGGUACUCGUUUAGGUUCGAGUGCACCAAAAGGUUGUUAUGAUAUUCGUUUGCCUUCGGCAAAGUCACUAUUUCAACUUCAGGCAGAACGCAUCCUAAGACUUCAAAAGUACGCCCAGGAAAUUACUAAAACCACUUCAAAGGUGGUUAUACCUUGGUAUGUUAUGACCAGUGGCCCAACAAGAUCAGCCACUGAAUCUUUCUUUAAGGAACAUAAUUUCUUUGGACUUCAAGAAGAGAAUGUGAUCUUUUUUGAGCAAGGUACUUUACCCGCUUUAACUAACGAUGGUAAAAUAUUUUUGGAGAACAAAUCAAAACUUGCCAUCGCUCCCGAUGGUAAUGGUGGAAUUUAUGCAGCAUUACGUUAUGAAGGCAUAUUAAAUUCAUUGAAAACACGUAAUAUCUCAUACGUUCACGCUUAUUGCGUCGAUAACUGUUUGGUUCGUGUUGCUGAUCCGAUAUUUAUCGGUCAUUGCGUUUCCAAGAAUGCUGAUUGUGGAGCAAAGGUUGUUGGUAAAUCAUCUCCUGACGAGCCUGUAGGUGUGAUUGCUAUCAGAAAUGGGAAAUUUAACGUGGUAGAAUAUAGUGAAAUUGAUCUUACCAUCGCUUCUACUACAACCGCCAAUGGUCAAUUGGCUUAUCGUGCCGCGAACAUUGCGAAUCAUUUUUACACUGUCGAUUUCCUUAAUCGUGUCGAAUCCUUUGAGAAUGAACUCGAAUAUCAUAUUGCGAAAAAGAAAAUCAAGCAUAUCGAUGUUACCACCGGUGAAUUGGUCUCACCUAGUAAACCCAACGGAAUGAAACUUGAGUUAUUUGUGUUUGAUGUGUUUCCAUUCACAGAAAAUAUGGCAGUUUUCGAAGUCGAUCGAAAAGAAGAAUUUUCUCCACUUAAAAAUGCCCCGGGCACCGGCGUUGAUGAUCCGGAAACUAGCCGACGCGACAUUAUCAGUCAACAUAUCCGAUUUGUCGAGCGCGCUGGUGGCAAAGUUAUUGCUGGUGACGGGGAAUCUUCGACAGAUCUAAUGAACUUUGAGAUCUCACCGUUGGUUUCAUAUGCUGGUGAAGGAUUGGACGGGUUAAAAGGCAAAACAUUCCGUACUCCCGCUGUUAUCGAGACAGUGGCUGAUAUUGGCAAAUUAAUUCAUUAA